AAGCUAAAGCCCAAGAAUUACAUUACCAAAUUUUGUAUAGGCCCAUAAAAUUCGUACCCGACCCGAGAUAUAAUCCAUGCGCCCAUGCCCCGCAACAUUAUUAGGGUAAUCGAGCCGUUGGAUUUAAGUCCAACAGAGAAGAUCCAACGGCUUAAAAACUACAGAUUUUAACGAAGAAAGCUCCCGACGCACUCUUCUCUCUUCACUCUCACUCUCCGCCGCUGAUGGAAGCAGCAGCCAUGACCAACACGGUGCGGGUCGCCACUGCUCAGAUGACCUCCGUCAACGACCUCACCGCCAACUUCGCCACCUGCUCUCGCCUGGUGAAGGAAGCAGUCACCGCCGGCGCGAAGCUGCUCUGUUUCCCGGAGAAUUUCUCCUACGUCGGCUCUAAAUCCGGCGAUAGCCUCACGAUCUCCGAGCCAAUUGACGGUCCGAUCAUGGAUAAGUACCGUUCUCUAGCUAGGGAUUCAAGCAUCUGGCUCUCGCUCGGCGGAUUUCAGGAAAAAGGAUCGGACGAUUCGCAUCUGCGCAACACGCACGUGAUAAUCGACGACGCCGGAAACAUCAGGAGCAAGUACAGUAAGAUGCAUUUGUUCGACGUCGAUGUUCCUGGCGGCGCGGUGUACAAGGAGAGCAGUUUUACCGAAGCCGGAGAAGAAAUUGUCGCCGUCGAUAGUCCGUUCGGCCGGUUAGGUUUGACUGUUUGCUACGAUUUGCGGUUUCCGGAGAUCUAUCAGCAGUUGAGAUUCAACCGCGGUGCGGAGGUGCUGUUGGUGCCGGCGGCGUUCACUAAACCUACGGGGGAGGCGCAUUGGGAGAUUCUGCUCCGCGCGAGGGCGAUUGAGACGCAGUGCUAUGUGAUUGCGGCGGCGCAGGCGGGGAACCACAGCGAUGAGAGAGAGAGUUACGGUGAUAGUAUGAUUAUUGAUCCGUGGGGUAAAGUUAUUGGCCAGUUGCCUGAUCGGCUGUCGACUGGAAUUGCGGUUGCGGAUAUUGAUUUCUCGGUGAUUGAUUCAAUUAGGAAGAAGAUGCCGAUCGAUCAGCACCGGAAGCCGAGUGAGUUCUGGAGAUCGGUGGAGGCGGCUCUGUGAGGUGGAACAAGCAGCUCUGCUGAUUUCGGCGUGUUCAUGAACAGAGGAAAUCGGAAACGCACCAGGCUUGAAGAACACCGACAAUCCGAAAUCGAUGACUUUGAGCGCCGAAUUCUCCUUCUUAUUCGCGAAAAGGAAAUUCUCCGGCUUCAAAUCCCGAUGCAUAACGCCG